CAGCCCAAUCCCCUCUCUCUGCAAACCCUCCCGCAGGGUUUCGCCCUGGGGAUCGUUGGCCAAGGGAGCCUUCUUCCGGAGACGGGCUUAAGGCGAACGAUUAGAGCCGAGCAAUUUGAGCCAAGGGAAAACGAAGCGGCCCACCUCUCGGCGUGCGCCUGCGCGCGCCCAACUCCGGCUCCUAUACACACGCACACAUGCACCCGCUCCGUCUCUGCUCUGGCGCGGCUGUUGCGGCGUGGAGGGAGGGAGUCGGCGAGCCAGAAGCUGGGCGCGGAGGACACAAAGAAGCGGCUCGCGGGCAGCGGCGCAGGGCUUAGGGACGAGACGGGAGAGAGGCUGCUGCGCUACUGAAUGGAAGCGCCGCUUGCGCAAAGAAGCGCCCUCGGAUUUCUUACUCUGCCUGGAAAUCGCGGCGGGGAAGAGGAGGAGGCGGCGGCGGCGCAGGAGACCAGGAAGGAGGCAAGCAGGCUCCGCGAUUGCUCCAGGGAUUGAAAUGCUGCUGCCGAAGGGAAGAAGUUGCUUAGCAUCCCCCGCGCUGACCUCGCUGCUGUAGCCGGAGGAGAGCGAUGCUGCAACGAGGCGCGGCGACCGCGUACCCGGCUGCUCCCCUGCAAGCGGAAGGCGCCCAGGACCCGCAGCAGCCCUCGCGCCUGUGAAGCGGCAGCCGAGGGCGAACCAGAAGAGCCCCAGCGGUUCUGGGUCCCUCGUCGGGCUCAUCGUCGACGACGCGCCGCCGCCGCCGCCAGCGGCGCUUGGGGGCCGGCGUGCUGGAAAGCCUGUGCCCGCCCCGGCUGGGAUCCGCGUAGCAGCAGCAGCUUAGUGGAUGUGUAUGAAUGAGUUCUGCACCGAAUGGGCGCAAAAAGCGCCCCAGGUCCGCGGGCUCGAUCUUCCAGAUCAGCAAAACGCCGCUGCACAGCAGGGACGGUGAGCGAAGAGGCAGCGCCUCGGAGGGCGCCCCCAAGACCCAGAGACUAGCCCUGGAUGACUGCAAGAUGCUUGUCCAGGAUUUCAACACCCAGGUGGCUCUGUACCGCGAACUGGUCAUUUCCAUUGGGGACGUCUCGGUCAGUUGUCCAUCUCUGCGUGCCGAAAUGCAAAAAAACCGAACCAAAGGAUGUGAGAUCGCCUAUCAGGCCCACCAAAAGCUAUCAGCAAUUUCUGGCCCAGAAGAUGGUGAGAUUCAUCCUGAGAUCUGUAGACUAUAUAUUCAGUUGCAAUGUUGCUUAGAAAUGUAUACGACAGAGAUGCUAAAAUCCAUAUGCCUACUAGGAUCACUUCAGCUUCAUCGAAAAGGGAUAGAGACUUGUGCAGCACCCAAGAUCAUAGACAGUAAAGUAGAGGAGAGUUCAGAAGUCCCUAUUUUAGAAGACACAUCAUCUUCACCCACAGACAUCCAACAACAUUUAUGGCAGGUUUCCACGGAUAUUGAAAAUACUGAAAGGGAUAUGAGAGAAAUGAAAAACCUUUUAAGCAAACUCAGGGAGACUAUGCCUUUGCCACUGAAAAAUCAAGAUGACAGCAGCCUCCUAAACUUGACUUCAACUCCUUAUCCAUUAGUGCGAAGACGGAAGCGGAGGUUCUUCGGAUUGUGCUGUCUUGUCUCGAGCUAGAUGAUCCAGUACAGAAAUGCACAGAUGACCACAGCCAAUACAAUUUGACCUUUAGCGGGAUAAACCUUAAUGCUCUAAGUGGUAGUGUGUGUUUUCUACACGACUAAUUAUUUCUUCCCUCCUUUUCAAGAGUUUUACAAUUUGUUGCUGAUGAGAACCAAAUCAGGAAGCCGAUUUAACAUUAUGAAGAAUAUUUUAAACUUUUUUUAAUGGCAUACUGCAUGCCUGAUUUAAACCAUUCUAUGAUUAGAUGCAAAUAUUAUAAUUAUGAAAUAAAACAUUCAGAUUUUUUUAUUUUGUGUACAAACCACCACAGCCAAUUGUGUACAGUACAAUAGUAGGACUGUAGCUCUUGCUAGUAUGAUGUUAAAACUAUUUGAACAUAUUCUAUUAAGCAAUCCUAAUCCAUAGAAAACUAUUUAGAACAGCAAAACUGUGCUUAAGUUCUAAAAAGCUAAAAUAAAAAGAGCCAAUAUCAUAAGAGAACUUGCACAAACUCUCCUAUUGCUUUUUAUGCUCUCAUUCAUAUUUAGUCUUCCACUCUAUAUCUCAACUUAUACAAGAACUUCAUAAUACAAUAUCUUAAUUUCUAUUACACAAGCAACAUAACAUCAAUAUGUUGAUCCUGUAAAUAUGAGAUAGUUAUAUCUACAUAUGUACAAUGCAUAGAGAUAGCUAAUUUACUUUUUAAACCCCCCACAGAUGUAUCUAUUUCAGCUUUGG